GGGGAGAGAGGGAGGCAGAGAGAUCGCAGCCAGCCCACCAGUGCUGCCAGGAAGGAGGCUGCAAGCAGCGCGAAUUCCCCUCCCGGUGCAGCGCAACCCAGAGACGCUGAAACCACUCAGGCUCCCUAGAUCCUCCAAACCCAGGGAGCGCUGGGCAGCCCUCGCACCCCCCAGCCUGCUGCCGCUUGUUCUCCUGUGCGCUCGCCUUGCCCUGGACGAUGCUUCGGGUGCAGACUCCGCGGGGAGAGCCCUAGGGGGACCCUUGCCUCCAUCCGGCGAGAUCGGAGAGGUUUAUUCUCUCCCCACCCUACACACGCACACACACGCCCGAAAGUUGCUGGGUGCCCUGGGUCACUUCUGCUGCCCAGAACGUCGGCAGACUCCUGCAUGAAGCGUGGGCGGCUCAGUGGCAGCCAGGAGAAACCGGGGGGCCGUACCUCCCCGGCGCAGGGAGGCUGUAGCCGAGGUGCUGAAUGUGAGCGAAGCGAGCCUUCGCUGUAACGGAGUAGGAGUCGGUCCCCCCUCCCUUAUCCCCCUUCAACGCCGCCCUCCCCCGAACCCUGCAACAUGUUGCCUGCCAUCUCCACGGCAUGGACCCUCGCUGCUGCUUCAGGGCGCCUUCCCCUUGGUGACUCCCCUCUGAAAUUGGCAGAAGACCGUUGUUCGGGCCAUUUGGAAGUGCAAUAGAGACGGGAGGACCUUGGAUCUCGGGGGGAGAGCUCAGUGCAGGUAUCGCUACUACGGUGUUACUCCCCACCCCUCCCCAAACACGAAGAAAAGGCGAACUCUCCCGGGGUUACUAUGCAAUUGCGACUGGUUUCUUGGUUCUUUAUCACUUUGAACUUGAUGGAAUACAUCCGGACCCAGCAAGCAUCCCGGGUACGGCGACAGGGAAGAAUGCAUCCCAAUGUGAGCCAGGGUUGCCAAGGAGGGUGUGCAACAUGUUCUGACUACAAUGGAUGCUUGUCAUGCAAACCCAGACUCUUUUUUGUUCUGGAGAGGAUUGGCAUGAAACAGAUCGGGGUAUGUCUUUCUUCAUGUCCAAGCGGAUACUUUGGAACCCGGUAUCCAGAAAUAAAUAAGUGUACAAAAUGUAAAGCUGACUGUGAUACCUGCUUCACCAAAAAUUUCUGCACAAAGUGUAAAAGUGGGUUUUACUUACAUAACGGAAAGUGCCUUGAAAACUGCCCUGAGGGGCUGGAACCCAACAAUCACACGAUGGAGUGCACCAGUAUUGUGCACUGUGAAGCUAGUGAGUGGAGUCCAUGGAGCUCCUGCACAAAGAAAGGCAAAACAUGUGGCUUCAAGAGAGGAAAUGAAACAAGAGUCAGAGAAAUCCUACAGCAUCCUUCAGCACAGGGCAACCCAUGCCCAGCUACCAGCGAAAACAGAAAAUGUAUUGUACAAAGAAAGAGAUGUCAGAAGGAAGGAAAAGGGAAAAAAAAUAGAGAUGAGAAAGGGAAAAGGCCAAACAAAGAAGAAAGUAGGGAGACAAGGCAGGAAAACAAAGACCGAGAAUCCCGAAGACAAAACCGAGAGCAGCGGGAAAACAAAAACAAAAUGCAGCAGAAGAAAAGAAAAGCCCAAGAUAAACAACAGAACCCAGCACCUGUCAGCACUGUACACUAAUGGCCUUACCUGAUUGUUUUACACUUAUGAUGCUGCUAUCUCAACCAGAUCCCCACGACAGAUGCUCGAGCUAUUCAAACCACAAAUGGACACUGCUAUCAGUUAUUGUUAAACCUUAAACAACAUUCCAAAUAGUUCCUAUAUUCUCCAGGCAAUCAUAGUUUAUUAAAGAGACUGACAUGAGCCAAGAAUAAAAAAUAAAUCUAAAAAAGGGAUACAUUAAAACUAUUAUAUUAUAUGCUUCCAUGCAUCUGUAAGAGGCAAUUAAGAAAUUGUGUAUAUACUUAUUAAUAGGGUAUAAAAUAUAGCAAUAUAAUGAAUGACAUCUGGAAGAGCAACCUGCUUCCUCUGUAAAAUAUUUUCAAGCUAUUGUUUAAGCAAAGUAUGAGACAAGAGAUAUGUCAAAAUCAAAGACACAUCAUCCUAUCAUAUAUUUUACAUAACUAUUCAGAGCGGAGCAUGAGGAAAACUAUUUUUCAAGAGCCAGUAGAAAGCUACCCUGUGGUGGAUCUGAACUGAAUUAUGCUGGAGUUCCCUGGUACCUGUUCCUGACUCAUGUGAGAUAUACCAGGGGAAGCAUACCUACAGGUCAUUGAAAGUUAAAGAAGGAAAAGGAGUGGAAGCAACUGCAACUUUGGAGCUUGAAGUCCCUAAAGGAGAAGUGGUGACGCUUUGCUCAUAUAGCACUCUUUGCUAUGAGACAACACAAUGUUUUCUGGUCUAAACAGUGGUACAGUGUGUGCUGUUCUAUGCUUUUUAUAACUAUGUGUAACUUAAAUUUACAUUUCCAAUCUUCCAGUGAAUGACAAAUCGUAUUUGUAGAAGACAAUGCUGAGUUAAUAAAGAACAGAAAAUAGA